AUGGUCUCUAGAAACUUACUUUUAUCCCUUUUUGCAUCCACUGCCUUUGCACUAGAUUGUUCGUCUCAUGAACUUCUAUCCAAAUUUCGCAUCUCGAAUAGUAAGUCUCUAAUUGAGAAAACUUCUGUUUGGCAAACUCCUCCUUCUCUAACUUUUGAGAAUUGGUUUAUUGAUAUUUGCCAAACUUCUAAUAAUACUCGUUGUAAUGAUGAUGAUUAUUUAUGUAGUACUACUGAAGUGCAAGUACAAACACCAGCUUCACAAGAAUCAAAACUUCUUACUCAAAUGAUUCACUUCAAUGAUAAGUUGGAUACUGAUGUCGAUAUAUUUCAACAUCACAACGAAAAGGGGUUCCAGUUUGUUCUUUAUAACAAUGUUUGGGGUGAUAAAACUUUCGAUACAAAAUUAUUAUAUCAUUGUAGUAAAAAUAAAGAAACAGAUGAACUAGUAUUUUUCAGGUGGUUGCAUGACCAAUUGAUAAUAAAGAUAGAUGGACCUUCAGGCUGUUUGAUCGAUGAAAACGAUUCUCUAUUUGAUAAAAAGUGCUUAGGUUGGGAAUACUUCAAAAUAUCGAUGAUCAGUUCCAUGAUUAUCAUGUUAGGUCUUGUUGGUUUGAUUAAAUACCUUCAUUCAUUAGGGUAUCUACAACAACAACAACAACAACAACAACAACAAGAUCAAGAACAACUACAAUUGGAUGAAGAAAAGGGGUUGUUAGAGUAG